CCUGAAUAUACCCUCCGCAAUUCUGCAUUAUGGUAAUUAAUCUUGUCCACGUGUGGCAAGCGAAAGGCACCAGAUAGCAUACUCAAUUUUCUUGCUGCCUUUUUUCAGGAAUUGUUGCCUGUUUGGGUACCAUCAUUAUCGUUAAGAUUUAUGCAGAACGUCUGGUUUUGCCGUGAAAACGUUUAUAUAAACGCUGCGAUGUUUUCUUUUGACUCGCCACAGAACAUAUUAUCUAUUUACCGCCUGCUGCCGUUAGUAACAGUCAAGUAUUACAUACCAUGAAGUUCUCUUUUUUCUUGAAUGCCCGCUUUGCUGGGUUGGUCGCCAUUGGCAGCACUUUGCUUUCUCAGGUAUCCGCUGCACCUACUCUUCUGUCAAGACAAGCCGAUAGCUGCUCUGCCGAUGCCAUCUCGUGCAGCACCUCCAACGCUGAUUCUUGUUGUGUCCCAGCCUAUGGCUUGAUGGUUCAUGUGCAGCAGUGGAUUGAAGGCUAUGGACCAUCGGACGCCUUCACGAUGCACGGCUUGUGGCCCGACACCUGUAGCGGCGGUAUCCCGGGCGACGGUAACUCUGGAUGUGAUGCCUCUCGUAACUUUGAUGAUGUUGGUGAAAUCAUCCAAGGACUUGAUUCGUCUCUUUACAAUCAGAUGAACACGUACUGGCCUUCUUACACAGGCGAUAACCCUUCGUUCUGGACGCACGAAUGGAAUAAGCAUGGCACGUGUGUUACCACUUUGGAUCCCGAAUGCUUCGGUGAUGACUAUCAAGAAAACGAAGAUGUCGUCGGAUACUUCCAAAAGACCCUGGAUCUCCGUACCGAAUACAACCUCUAUGCAAUUUUGAGCGAUGCUGGCAUCACACCAGGAGGAGAGUACACUGUCGCAGAGUUUGAAAGCGCAAUUGAAAACUCCACGGGAGCCACUCCCAGAGUUACUUGCAGCAGCGGUGCUUUGGAAGAAAUCUGGUUGUACUUUUAUGUUGAAGGCAACGGUGAAUAUGUGCCAACCGAUGCUUUUAGCGGCUCAUCUUGCUCUGGCUCUAUUGAAUACCCUAACAAAUAAAUUAGAUGUGUUUCUUUUAUGUUGUAUUCAUUAUCGUCUAAUAAAUAAUAUGCUACAUAUGUACAUAUACAUCGUAUGCGUUUAUUCCCUUGAUACAAGCCUGUUGCCUAGCGAGUAAGUACAAGACGUGUAAACCAGCUUGAUAUACAUAAUCAUUUCCAGUAAGCUGAGGCAGCGAUUAUCG